UUCUCAUUUGACUGAACUUGUCAAAAUGGCGUUGUUGGUGCUGGGUGACUGGAGUUAGUUCAUAUUUUUAAGGUAUUUACACACUUUAGGGCAUCAACAGCCACGACAGGAUGGCGACUCUGGAUCAGAAAUCACCCAAUGUGCUUCUCCAGAGCCUCUGCUGCCGGAUCACGGGGAAAAGCGAAGGUACAUCCGUUAGCGUUAGCAUCCUUCGCGCUGUGCUCAGUUACUGUAACGACGCACCAAACCUCAUUCAGAAAUGUGUGACUUUUAAUGUACUUAAAAUGUCAACCACCAUACAUAUUUCACAUGCUAUUUAAAGUGAUCGGCUUAAUAAUAAUCGUCCAGUGAACAAAUCGGCUCCACAUUUUCUCCGUAAGCAGCGUCAAAUUUCUCCACAUAAACCUUUUUAUACCUCAAAUGCGCGCUAAACCCCGUGUGUCGAAAUUAUAUGAUGAGGUAGAAAACAGUUAAAAUAUAAAGGAAAUUCAGUUAGCUUUAUCCUCUGAAUGAUGCCGAAUUCAAGAAAAUUACUUUAACGUAAUGUGGGUAAUGAUUCUGACAUCUAAAUCAAAAACUGUCUGAAAAUUGAAGUAGGUCUUGUUUGCUUUCUCUUUAGCUGUGUUUUAGCGGCUCUUAGCGGAGCUAGGUCUGCGCAGCUGUCAGUCUCUGGUUUUGGCUAAGAUUCUGCCCAUCCCGCUGUGCAGAUGUCAGUGCAACACUACCUUUCCUUUGUUAAACAUAUAAACAGACCUGUUCAGAUAUUCAAGUAUAUGUUUUCUAGUCAAAAAGCUAGCCCUCAUGCUGUUAAAAACACUGCAUUGUUAAGUAGAUGCUCUUAUUUCUUGCUAGCUGCAGGCCCUGCUGAGGGAGGUAGCCUGUUUAAUCAGAGGAAUCAGGCAAAACCCAGAAAAAUGUCAGUAUAAUCUGAAGAUUUUAAGUCACUUUGGCUCAAUUACAUCUUAAAUCCUGUGAUCAAAUACAUCCAGGCUGUAAGUUUGGCAAUAUUGGCAUUAAUGUUAUAGUUUGAGCUCUACUUGGUCCCUGUAUUUACAUCCAUUUACCAAAGUGAAACCCCUUUACACCACCGCUUUUAAUGCAAAUUUAAGUGUGACAUAUCUAACUUUCAAGGCAUUGUUGGAAGGAAAAAAAUGGGUUUAAAUGCAACCUAAAAACCUGAUGAGAACUGUCUGACAUUUCCACUUUGUUUUCAAGUAUUUCUGAUAAUUUACCAUUUCUGUGUUCAAUCCUGUCUCCAGCUGAAGUCGCCCACCAGUUCCAGUACGCAGUGCGAGUCAUUGGCAGUAACUACGCCCCCACAAUCGAGCGAGACGAGUUUUUGGUGUCAGAGAAAAUCAAGAAGGAAUGUAAGCACCUUCUACACAAAUAUUAUCCCUCUCAAUCAGUGGUUCUCGAGGCCCACUGUCCUGCAUGUUUUGGAUGUUUCCCUGCUCCAACACACCUGAUUCAAAUGAUCAGCUCGUUAUCAAGCUCUGUAAUGGCUUAAUAACGAGCUGAUCAUUUGAAUCAGGUGCUGCUGUAGAUGAUAGAUAAUAACUAUAAAAGAUGUGAAGGACGCCAACAGGUACAUAAAAUAUCAGAAAAGAAGUAAAACUGCAUUUAUUAAACACUCGCCUUAUUGCAAAAGUACAUAUUAUUUAGAUUUUAGAUCCUUUAAAGUAUUUUCCUCACUGAAGCAUAACUCCUAAUCAUUUUAAGCUGUAGAGCCAAAAGAAAUCCACAAUUUAAGUGAGUUUCUCAGUAAAUGACAUACCUCAGGGGGGCAGAUUUGGCUCAGUGGUCUAGUCUUGGGUCUCGUCCACAGUCCUCGCUGCAGCGGUCCUCUGUCACUCUUUUCCAGGCAUCUCCCAAUUCUCUCUCUCUUGAGUUUUCCUGUGAAAUAAAGUGUAAAAUACCAAAGUAAUAGCUUCAAAAUGUUACCUAUAAAUGAAAAUGAACUUGGUACGUUUUGCCCUGUUUUGUCUUCAUAACAUUUUCAAAUAUUUGGAUUUUUAUGUAUGAUCUGAAUGAUGAUGAAUCAACUCUUAAUUCUUGCCUCAUAUACAGCAAACCCCCGAGGACUCUCACUGAAACAGAGGUAGCACCAUUAGUGGUAAAAAACAUCGAUCCAAGCCUAAAUAGAAGAGCACUUACUGUAAAGAACAUUUACUUAUCUCAGGUUCUGUUGUUGGCGUAGAAAUAUGCUCUUCUGUAACAGCUUGAUUCAUUGAUUUCUGAUGUGGUUUAAUCAAAAACAGAGGCUUUAAAUUUUGUGCAGCUUUUACUGACAAAAACAGCGACUGGAAAACCACAAGGUUUUCUUGAGGUUUGUUGUGUUCCUGUGUUAUGAUGCGCUGCACUCCCUGUCCCUUCUCUUUGAACGGAAAGCGGGAAUUCCUCUUUGAAUGUGAAGUUUCUUAUGACUCACACACACGACAGAGCUUUUUACUCACACUACAAUAAUAAGAGGUUUCUUUGUGCUGCAGAUUAGAGUGAUGUCUUCAGGGCAGGCCGGAUCCUGUUGGUUCCUCGCAGCACAGAUCUUUAGCAUUUUAUCUUUGUCUUUUUUUUCUGUGGCUUUUAAAAGCUGUUUAGGGAAGAUUUUCCUGCGCUAUUUUGAAGUCUAAAUCUUGUUCAGAUCCUGUAAAGUGUGUCAGAUUUUUUCAGGGAGGUUUAUGUGGAAGACUUUUGAGACAUUACCUCCUCACAUUUUGUCUCAUUGCAGUGCUGAAACAGAGGAGGGAAGCAGACGCCGCUUUGUUCUCUGAGCUGCACAGAAAACUUCAGACACAGGUUGGUACUGUCCGGAUGAAGUGAAUCAGAUGUUUAAUGGAGAUCAAGUCUACAAAGAUAAAAUCAGGCAGAAGUUUUGAGCGAGCAUGAAGAAUUUUUCUGAUGUGUUUGCAGAGUGUCCUGAAACAUCGCUGGUCUGUCCUCUACCUGCUGCUCAGUCUCUCUGAAGACCCCCGCAAACCAUCUAGCAGGGUGGGGAACACACACAGACACAGACACAGACAUGCUGUUGACACAGUAAAAUUCUAGUUGGUCUAGUGAGUUUGUAAGUUAAGUUGUACCUCCUCACCGUGUCCCUGUCUUUUCUUUCUCAGGUGGGGAACUAUGGCGCUCUCUUUGCUCAGGCUCUCCCCAGAGACGCUCACUCCACCCCGUUCUUCUGCACCCGGCCUCAGAGCCUCGCUCUGGGCUAUGGGGAAAGAACCGCCGCUCUGUCGGGCAGCGUGGGGACCAGCGGCAUCUCCAGUCUGGGAGUUUACACACUGAAUGGACCCACACCGACGCCGCAGUCACUGCUGGCUGGGUAAGCGAUUUCAGACUUGAAGAUUUUACAGAUUUGAGCUCUUCACUGUGCCUCACCUGUGAUUAAACAGUUUGUUUCUGAUGUCUCUGGGGAUUGAAAGGUUAUUUAUCAGCUGUUCAUCCUGUAAAAAACACUCAGCGCUAUAUAAAGAGAGCAUCAAUUAGCACCAGGAAAUAAACUCUCCUCUCAGCCUCUCUUAAAUCUGUUUUAUGAGGCAUCAGAAAGCCGUUAAAUUCCAUUUCAGCAAACAUCCUCCUCAAUAAUGCAGGAGGCCUUCAGUUACAAAUGACCUCUGAGCUGGCUGGACUCACCUUUUCUUCUAAAAAGGGCAAUUCCCCUCUAAAGUAAACAAUAAAAAGAUGCUCCCUCAUCAUUAAAUCGUAUUUAUACCCUGAAAUACUCAGAAGUGGUUGUUUAAUUAUGUAAAGGUGCACUUUGAAGUUUUUUAAAGAGUUUUUAAGACUAUCGGAAACCUUUUUUAAAAAGUGCUGUUUUUCUUUGCUCCUACAUCAGUACCUUCAAACUGUGAGUAUUAAUAAUGUCUUUAUGUGUUUCUGUGUGUUUUAGUCAACCUCCUCAGUCUGCAGCAGCAGCAGCAGCAGCAGGCGCUCAGCCUCUGGGAUCCCGCCUGGCCUGGACUCUUCCUGUCAGCUGCUCCCCGUCCUCUGCUCUGGCUCUGCCUGCCACCCGACCUCCGCUCGGACCUCCAGCCCCCGGCAGAGUGGUUCAACCUCGCAGAGAUGGUAGGGGACAUGUUCGAGGUCAAAUGGUGGGAUCUUCAUUUUUGGGCAGAUACCACCCUGACAAAGUUUACACACUCUAAUAAUAAUAAUAAUAAUAAUAAUAAUAAUAAUACAUUUAAUUUGUAAUGCACUUUAUGUUUACAAGAAAUCUCAAAGUGCUACAGUACACAGUAAAAAGAGCAGCAACAAUAAAAAAAGCAACAGAAUGUCAGUCACAGAUUAGCAUAGCAAGCAUAAAAGAAUAAAAAAUAAAGAGAAUAUAGAAUUGCAGAGCAAAAGCCAAGGUAGUAAAAAGCAUAAAGGAAGCUAACCAAAGGCUUUAUUAAAAAGGAAGGUCUUUAGGGCUCUACCUGCUACAUGCUGUGUAUGCAGCAAACUGCUUUGCAGAACACUAAAAGAAGCGGUAAAAUUCAGAUAUGGUAAAUGUUUUUUACCUGCUUUACUGCCAAAAAUAGACCCACAAUAUCAGCUUCUGGUCUGGAGAUGAACCUGUGCAGCUACCCUGUGAAGACCAGUGUGGUUUUCGUUGACGAUGAAAAUAUUUCGUCAACGUCAUCGUCAACGAAAACAACACUGCAGAAUAUAUGUUUAGCGUUUGACUGACGAAAUGCAACUCUGUUCGUUUGUCACUAACGUUUUCUUCUCGUGUCGUCAACGUAAACGCACAUUCGUCUCGUCACAUUUUAGUCAUCUAAGACUUAUGAUUAGCGCGUCAACGUCACGUCUUCGUCGUGGAAAAAAAAUGGGCGUUGACAAAAUAUUUUCGUCAACGAAAAAACAACACUGGUGAAGACAGAUACUUUUUGACAUGAAUAUAUCAAAACUAGAAAAGCACUCGGAGAGCGCAGACCUCCGCCAAGCAGCUCAUGUCCCCCCUUAUAUUGUGAUUCACACCAAAACUUUUACUGUUACGUGUCUUUUAUUAACUUUUAUUUGUGUUCAUGAAUUUGCUUCGAUUACCGUCGCCUGUCUCAUUCUUGGGGGACUUGGGAGGAUUUUAUGCCUCGUUUAAAGUAGUACAGUAGUAGUAAGAAAUGUUGAACAGGACUUGAACAUCUCUUAAUGCUAAGAAAACUAAAAAACUGAAAUUUCCCUCAAAGUUAUUCAGCUGUUUAAAGAGAAUAUGACGUUCUACAGUGCAAGUGUUUUUCCUGCUGCUUCAUGUGUGUCUCUCUGAGGAAUCAAAUCCCGGUUCCGUGCUGCUGAUGUUCAGUAAAUCCUCUGUCCUCUCGUCCUCUGUGGGUGCAGGAGAGGUGAGCGAGGCGGCGCUGGUGCGGGACAUCCUCUAUGUCUUCCAGGGAAUCGAUGGAAAGUUCAUCAAGAUGAGCGCCCAGGAGAACUGCUACAAAAUAGACAACAAGGUACCUGAUGCGCCUGAACCUGCGUGCAGCCUGUAAAACUUUUAUCGGAGAGAUUAGAUCAGGAGGGAGGUCGACAACAUCUCAGAUCAGCAGCUGCAGGGAGGUGGAGACAAAGAGGGUCACGCAGAGACGGGUGAAGAGGAAAAAAGGAGAAAAAAAGAUGAUUUUGUUUUGAUGUUGGAGGGUUUCUGUCACACAUCCAGAGAGUGUAACAGGAGAUCUGUUGUUGAUGAUUGGACUUUAAGAGGAAGAUUCAACAGAUCAAUGUAAAGCUCUUUGGCUCUGGUCCACAUCGACCUCUUUUCCCCUCUUUUCACUGUCCUGUCUUUUCCUCCUCUCAGUUUUUAUCGAUAUGAGCCUCAGAUCUAACCUGACCCACGCUCUCUCUCAGCGCUGCUAAACUUAGACUGUGGUCAGUCUGCUGUCACCGUCCUGAUGGAGGAGGAGACACUGAGACCACAGACAGAUUCAGUCAGGGGAUGGAGAUGUUUUGGACUCGUCUUUGGCCUCUAAAUUCUCUCUGUAGAGCUUUUCGAAUAACAAAAGAAACUCCUGUGAACUCUCUUUUUACACAACAAGUUGUUAAAAAGAUUGUUGAUUACUGUGUGUUGUCGUCCUCGCUCUUCUCCACCAGGUGGUGCUGUGUAAGUCCCUCAGAGACACCAGUAGCAGACUGGCAGAGCUUGGCUGGCUCCACAACAAAGUCAGGAAGUACACUGAUGCCAGGAGCCUGGACCGGGCCUUUGGGCUGGUUGGACAGGUGUGCCGAUUGACGACCAUCAGAAAAAUACGAUUAUUUAAAGUCUGAUCCUCCUCUAAUACACCUCUGUCUGUCUGUCUGUCUGUCUGUCUGUCUGUCUGUCUGUCUGUCUGUGUCCUCCUCUCUCCUCAGAGCUUCUGCGCCUCGCUGCAUCAGGAGCUGAAGGAGUAUUACAGGCUGCUGUCUGUCCUCCACUCACAGGUACACACACCACACACUGCUCACAUUAACAAAAAACAUUCUGGGUGAUAAAUCUGCAAAUAAAAAUCACCUUCCCUCAUUUUAUGCCCUCAUUCUGAUAUUUAAGCUCGACUGAUAACAACAACCGUCUUUGUGUUUGUGUUGUAGCUGCAGGUGGAGGACGAGCAGGGUGUGACAGUGUGCACAGAGAGCACUCUGACUCUCAGGAGGCUCCUGGUCUGGACGUACGACCCCAAAGUUCGACUCAAAACGCUGGCCGCCCUCGUCGACUUCUGCCAGGGUGCGCUCCUGUUUGUUAUCAUUCUUUUUGUGAGUCACGUUUGAAAUCAAAGUUUAACAAUAUCGCGUGGUUAUUACUGUCGGCUGUUUAGGUCGUAAAGGAGGCGAGCUGGCUUCAGCCGUCCACUCGUACGGGAAAACAGGAGACCCACAGAUGAGAGCGCUGGUUCAGCACAUCCUCAGCCUGGUGUCACACCCCAUUCUUAACUUCCUGUACAGGUGGAUCUACGACGGAGAGCUGGAGGACACCUACCACGAGGUACGAGCAGUUUGAUAAUUCAAAGAUGCCUCACGGUGCAACAAAGGAAGAAAAGAAGAAAUGUUGUGUUAUUGUUAGGACAAGACAGAGUCGAACUUUGUCAUUCAGCAGCUACAGAGCUGGAAGAUGGUUGGAAAAAGUGCCUUAAAUCUACAAACGUACUACCAAAGAGCCUAUUUGAAAUGCCAGAGUUGUUUUCUUUUGCCCCAGAGCUCCCGCAGGAAUUUACAGCUUAUGUCUUAAACAUGGCCGUAUUUAACCGCUCUGUUGUUUGACCCCAAUGAGAGAGGACAUUACAGAGAGAGAGGGAGAGGGAGAGACAAAGGAGAGGCAAGACAGCUCCUUAAAUGAGGACUGAUGAGAGGAGUGUAAUGGAAAGCUUGGUGAUGGAUCUCUCUCUUUUCUUUUUCUCUCUCUUUCUCUCUCUGAAGUGUUUAUUUAUUCCAGGAUUUACCGUCUUCAUCACUCAGAGCUGAAUCGCUGCAUUAAGGAGAACAGAGUCAUAGAUAUCCUGCCUUUUAGGAGGGAAUUUACCUCGGAAAUCACAGAAAAGCUUCAUUUGAACUGACAUGAAACUCCCUGAAAACUUCCAGAACUUUUCUAAGUGGUGUGAAAGCAGAGUGCUGGACUUUAUAUCCUGACUUUACCUGGAUUUUUCCUGCCAGUCAAUAUGAAGUGGGGUUGAGCAAAUAGGCGUAGGUGAUAAGGUUUAAGCCACGCUAUUGGUGCGGACACACAAAAGGCUAAAGGAAAUUUAGGAGAUUUAGACUCUGUUAGAAACAGUUAAAUAUGUUUCCACCACCUGUACUGUCAGUACAGAACACAGCCGACACCAUCACUGCAAGAUUGAUGGAAGAUUAAAAAAAAGCUGUCGUGUAAGUCUAAAAAUUCACGCAGAAACUUGGCACACAACCUUGUCAUAAAAUUGUUCUGAGAGCCUUCUUUUAGCUUACUGUUUGGAAACGUGUUCAAUAAAGAUGGAUUUUUACCCCGUCAGACAGUUAGAGUAUCAGCGUAUCAGCAGGCUUCACUGUGCCCAUUAGAGAGCCGGUCAGGGUGAGUGUACCCUUUGAAGUAAAUGGACGUCCAAGUCAAUGUGAAGGAGGAGGAUAAAAGCUUCUAACAUUGACUGUUUACUCCUCCAAAGAGCUGUUUAUGUUUGACUCAUCUAAAGUUUCAUUGGCCUUCCUGUAGACCUGUAGUGUGGAUCAAUUCUGCUGUAAAUACAUGUGCGGGUGAUUAAAAAGCUUCAGAGACACAAAGAAUGUGAUUGAAUUUUUUAAACCCCACAUUUAAGUCAGUAAAAUUCUUUGAUUACACUUACAGCAGCUUUAAAUAGAGUUUCUGGAUGGAUUUACUGCUGAAACUUCAACUCCUGGAGCUUCGUUUGUACAUUUCUAAGUAUCUAGAGUGCCAGGCUUUGUUUACUGUCUUUUAUUCUUCAGGGGCCUCUCUUUAUUCUGUUAACUUAACGCUGUGACCUUUAAUUUUCCGCCUCAAAAAGCGCAUCUAUCAGUCAAAACUUUUUAAAGAGCGCCUCCUGCUGGUUGGACACUGUAACAACACCAUUCCUAUAUCACCCUGUACAUCAUUUUCUAUCUCGCUCAGUCAAUUUUAACUCUGUUUAUAAGGGGUGGGAGAAAAAAUCGAUUUACAUAAGUAUCGCAAUUUUUUGUUUUGAAGAAAUCUUAAAAACUGACUUACAUGUCGUGUAUUUUUAGGGGAAAUGAGGUUCCUGGAAUAGUCAGUAGACAAUCAUCAUCAUCGUAGAAUCGCAAUUUAAAUCAAAUCGGCAUCUAGAAAAAUCAUAGAAGAAUUGAAUAGGGAGAAAAGCGUAAGGUCCCAGCCCUACAGUUAAUGGAGGUCAAACUUACAUGAGUCUGUUGAAUCGUGUCUUUUCCGUAGUUCUUCGUCGCAUCAGACCCCAAUGUGAAGACAGACCGUCUGUGGCACGAUAAGUACUCCCUCAGGAAGUCAAUGAUCCCCUCCUUCAUCACCAUGGACCAGGCCCGCAAGGUAAACACACCUGUCACAUUUGUGGAGCUCAAAAUGUUAUUUUAUGUUUACAAUAGUAUUACAGAAACAGAAUCACAGAUAAUGGAAAAACAAAGUAUCUGGUUUGCUGGCUUCAUAUCACCUCUGUGUUUCUCUCUCUUUUUUUUCAGGUCCUGCUGAUCGGGAAAUCCAUCAACUUCCUGCACCAAGUCUGCCACGACAGAACGCCUCCGGGCAAAAUCACACCAGCGUCCACGUCUGCAGACACGACUAAAGAUGGUAAAUGUGAAAUCAACAAGUUUCCAGUGUUUUUACCUCUUAUGUGCUCCACAACUCAAACAAGGAGGAUGGAUUUUUCCUUUAUUCUCCAGUUAACUCGUGAUUUUUCAACUUUCAGCAAAACAGGGAAAGCGUCCAAGCUUGUCUCCUUUUUUUUUUUUUUUUUUUUAUUUCUUUAUCUGUUAAUCCUGUACCUUCUUCAGGUCCAUAUAAGCCUCCUUCAGUCAUCAGGAUUGGUAUGUUUUGGUGUGAAGACAAUAUACGAUACUUUAUUUGUACCUUCUAGCUCAGGGGUGUCAAACUCAACCGCAGCAAGGGCCAUAAUCUAGAUUUAGGUCUAACCUGAGGGCCAAACAAGGUCAACAUUUCACCAAAACUGUCAACAUCCUUUUCAAAAAAUAUGUAACAAAAAUAGCAAUGAUUAUAAAUUAUUCAGAAAUUCAACAAAGAUUAAAAAAAAAAAAAAAAGUUUAAAGGCAAUCUGAGAUUAAAAAAAAAAGUAUUUUAUUUUAAUUUUUUAUUCUAUUUUUAUUUAUUACUUCAAAAGAUCAGAGCAUGAUAUUAAAAAUAGAAAAAUAAUGCUUUUAAAGAGCAAAUACAUGAGGAGAAAUCAAGUUUAAAAGGUUAAAAUAUGACUUAAAAUUUAAAAUUGGAAUCUAAAGUAUAAAAACAAAACAAGUCUAAAUAUCGAGUUGAACAAAAUCAAAGCAUGAAAUAAAAAAUCCAAUCAUGUUUGACUUGAAAUCUUGAAAUGCAAAAUUGAAAACAUGAAAUAAAACACCAAAUAUUUUUCCCCCACAUUCUUGACUAUUUAUCAAAUCUUCUUUACUCUUAAAUUUCCCAGUUUUUCACGGCUUAUCAAGGACAUUUUAAAUGAUGGUGCUAAAGUUUACAUUAUAAUUCUGGACGAAAUCUGCAGACUUCAUACUGGUGGGCCAAUGAUAAUACAAAUAUGAUAUGAUCUUGUGGGACAGAUAUAAUUGUUCCACGGGCCAGAUUUGGUCCCCGGGCCUUGAGUUUGACACCUGUGUUCUAGCUGAUGAUACCCAAAUAAGGACAAAGCAGAGCUGCAGUUUGUCAACCUUGAUGGUCGUCUUGUUUUAUCGUCACACGUUAUCAUCUAUUUUUGCGUUAUAAUGACAUCAUCGGCCAAUAAACAGCUGAGUUUGUGUCCUCGUCAUAUUGAUAUUGUCGUAUUGAUACAGGCGAGUUGACUGGCAGUGAUCAAUGCUCUUACCGCUUGCUGACCUCCUCCUCCUCCUCCUCCUCUUUAGGCGAUGAAGAGGAGAGAGGUAUACUUAGCUUUUUUAUUGAUUCAGUCUGCAGGACCUCACAGGACCUGUUUGAUCUUCAGCUUUUACUGGAUCAGCUGAAGAGCUCCCGGCCGUCUGAUGGUCCUUGUUUGAUCCUUAAUCAGCAUUUAGUGGCAACUUUGACUUCUGUAUUUAUUUAUUUAUUUAUUUUACUUCUACGUAAAUGAAACAUUCCCUCUUUUUGUCCAGUAUGAAAAGUAUGAAAAAACACAUCAGGUACACAGCUUUUAAAACCAUUUGUCCGAGCCAUGUGUCAGUUAUUGUGUUAUUUUUUUUAUGUAACACACACUUAAGAUUCAUUAACAGCGAAAACCCCUGUUCAUUGUUUCGUCUCUAUCCUCGCUCUCAGCUGCAGAGCUGCUGUCCGACCUAGAGGGGGCGUUCCAGGAGAAAAUUGACGCUGCCUACUUCGACACCAGCAAGUACCUCCUGGACGUCCUCAACCGCAACUACCUGCUGCUGGAGCACCUGCAGGCCAUGAGGAGAUACCUCCUACUGGGCCAGGGAGACUUUAUCAGACACCUCAUGGACCUGCUGAAGUGAGCGUCACUUUCAACUCGUCUCCUCAGUAAUGAGAUUUAUGAGAAAUAAGCUGUCGUAUGAUGACUAACUGUGACUUUUUAAAUCUCAGGCCAGAGUUGGUGCGUCCGGCAACAACUUUGUACCAACACAACCUGACCGGUAUCUUAGAAACGGCGGUCAGAGCGACGAAUGCUCAGUUUGACAACGCAGAGAUCCUGAAGAGGCUGGAUGUGCGACUCCUAGAGGUAACAUCUAUGUUGGAAUAAAUAUGCUGCACAGAGGCCUUAGGAAAAGAAAUCAGACUUUUUUUUCAGUCUGACCUGAAUAUCUAUGAUUCAACAAACUAUCAUUUGACAUGACGAGUUACGAUAUGAUCCUGACCCUUAAACCCCUCAAGAGAAAGUUGAAGUACAGUUUCAUUAACAGAGUUUUAAUGGAAACAAAAACAUCCUUUUUUUCACAGCUUCUCUUGUUUUUCCUAACUUUUUCUUGAUAUUUAUCACAACUUUUGAUCAUUUUUGACCUGUUUCUUUAUGUUUUUUUACAGAUUUUUUCUUUGUCUUUUCUCAUGUUGCUUGACUUUUUCUUGACUUUUUUCUUCAGUUUUCUUCACUUUUUGCUUGGAUUUGUAUCAGCUGUUUUUGUCUCUUUUCUCUUGUUGUUUUUUUAACUUUUUUCCUAAUUGUACCUUUUUUUUUUCUAACUGAAUACCUUGUAUCAUAUGUAGACCAUUUCAUAGCCUCUUGUGGCCAAAUUAAGUAUUACAACAACAAUCACUGAAUGAAAAUUUAGUGUUAAAAAAUGUAUCACUGAUGUUUCCGAGUGUUUCAGGUGUGUUCUCACCUCUAUAACAUCCACCUUCUGCCCUCUUCAGGUGACUCCAGGUGAUACAGGCUGGGAUGUUUUCAGUCUAGAUUACCAUGUCGAUGGACCCAUCGCUACGGUAGUGAAAACAACUUUUGAAAUACAUUUCACUCUGUGUUUUUUUCUUUACAUUGACAUGGAUGUUAGCUCAUUAAUUGUGUGUGUUUUAGGUGUUUACAAGAGAAUGUAUGGUCCAUUACCUGCGGGUGUUUAACUUCCUGUGGAGAGCAAAGAGGAUGGAGUACACGCUGACUGACAUCUGGAAAGGACAGAUGUGCAACGCCAAGCUGCUCAAAACAAUGCCUGGUACAGGAAACAACACAAACUCGACAUUAGGGAGAGAAUAUUCUUGUAGAUUUUCAUCCGCAGUUCAGGCUUUUGGUUCUCGUUUUUUCUCCAUGUACAUUUUUGUUCCUCAUCUGAUGUUAUUUUUUGAAAGACGUGAUAAAUUUCCCAAAUGAGAUUGGUUAAAAGAGACUCACUGUUGUUGUCCUUUUCCCCUCCAGAGUUGUCCAGCGUGCUGCACCAGUGUCACAUCCUGGCCUCUGAGAUGGUCCACUUCAUCCACCAGAUGCAGUACUACAUCACCUUUGAGGUCAGAGCAUUAGCAGAGCCGUUACUGUCACAGGCAGUAAAAGGUGGUAAUUACAGCGGGAGGCGAUCUGCUGCGUCUGUUAAAAGCGGCGCCGGGAGGCUCUGAUUUACACGAUCAGCGGGAAGGUUAACUCAAUUGAAGAGGUCCGAGCUCACUGCAGGAGAAAUUAGUUUGUAAAGACACAAAAACUUUUCUGACAGCUGAGUAAAUGUGGUCUUCAGUCAGUUGAGAUUUCUUUUUAGGGUAGAUCAGAUAUUUUUAGACCUGUGUGCUACUUUUUCAGGCACAAGGAGGCUUUGACUGAGCUGAAGCGAAAUCGAAUUGGCAUCCAAAAAAUCGUAGAAGAAUCCAAUCAGGAGAAAAGCAUAUCGGAGCUUUAUGUUAACAAACUCAACAUCACAGAUAUAAAACUUUACUGCAGGGAUGUGAAGAUUUCAAAGAGCCAAAAAUGUAGAUAUUGUGCAGAGUGCAGAGCUUCCUGGAGGUUUUGUCUGUAUGUAUGACUCCAAAAAAACUUAAAAUAACACAGCGUAAACAAUUGAAUUUCCCUUCAGGGAUCAAUUAAGCUCUUCUCAUCUUAUCUUGAAUGCAAAUGUCGAAAUCAAGAUACAAGUGGAGGGAAGAGCACCGGUGGUAUUUUCACAGUUCUCCUGUACGACUUCUUCAGGUGCAGGAGAGUGAAUCAAAAUGAGGAUUUUCUGCUUAUUAAACUGAAGAAAUAAGAAAAUUUGACUCACUGUUUUGAAAAAGAGUCCUGUUGAACUUUUUUACACUCUGCGUUUGUGUUCGGGUGUUUCAGGUGCUGGAGUGCUCCUGGGACGAGCUGUGGAACAAAGUGCAGCAGGCUCAGGACCUCGACCACAUCAUCGCCGCCCACGACAUCUUCCUGGAUACCAUCAUCUCCAGAUGUCUGCUGGACAACAACAGCAGGGUAACACACCGAUACACAAUCAUCGGCCAUGUGUCCAUCUCUCUGAAAGGACUCACUUUAAAUCUGCGUCUGUGUGUUUUCAUCCAGUCCCUCCUUAACCAGCUGAGGGCCAUUUUUGACCAGAUCAUCGCCUUUCAGAGCGCGCAGGACUCUCUGUACCGCUCAGCUCUGGAGGAACUCACCCUCAGGCUGCAGUUUGAGGAGAAAAAGAGACAAAGAGAGGAAGAGGUAGGGAAAGAUUUCUCAUCUUUUGUGGUAAGUGGAUGUGUGAUCCCACCUUGUCUAAAUUUGUGUGUCUUUUUCAGGGCGAGUGGGGUGUGACGGCCGAACAGGAAGCAGAGGAGAAGAGGAGGAUUCAGGAGUUCCAGGAAAUGAUACCAAAGAUGAGCUCUCAGCUCUGCAUCCUCACCCACUUCUACCAGGUAAGAGCCUGAGAUCCUCCAGAUCAGCUGUUCUCAUCAUCACGCUCAGCCUGAUUUAACCAUCUUCCCGUCUUUGUCCUCUCUUUCUUUCUCACAGAGCAUCGUCCAGCAGUUCCUGGUGCUGCUCAUGGCCAACUCAGAUGAGAGUCUGCGUUUCCUCAGCUUCAGAUUAGACUUCAACGAACACUACAGGUCUGACACACAAAGAUAACAUAACCUGCUUCACAAAGACACUUGGGCCAGAUCCUUAGACCAGAAUUUGAUGAGUGAAGUUGAAGAUGAGGCUGGUUCAGAUAUAAUGCAGAUAAAUACUUCAGAUCAUUACAAAUGGGGCCCAGUCAAGGUGAAAGUAAACAGCAUUGGUGCUACUGUAGAUGCCAACAGACUACCAGCAAACACAAUGUUUGCAGGACUUCUACAACUAGGAUAAAGUGACAUAGUCCAGGACCCGAGGUCAACAGUUUAGCGGCGCUACAACACGCUACAGCAGGUUCGUUUGACAAGAAACACUUCUGUUACAGACACUUGUCUUACUUUGUUAAAGCGGUUUACCUGUCCAGCAGAAAGGUUACAGGGUCACCAAGAUCCCUAAGCAUCCCCGAUCGUUUUUGCUUCAUUGAUAAUGACCCAGCUUUUAGCUCUUGUCCGGACGGUCUACCUCCGUUUUAAACGCCCAUUAUUCCUCCAGAGUCUCCGGUAUUUAGUUUGUUUUCUUGCUUGUGUCGGCAGUCGUGGCCAAAGGAGGAUUCAGACAAUUUUCCGAACUAUCUGGUUGGUUUCUACUGUCUGAUAUUGUAGCACGCUAACUUUGUUUGGGCUCCUGAAUGACAUGGGGGAGCAGCGUCUGCCUCACAACCAAUCAGGUUAGAGGAGGUGGAGAACGGCUUUGUUUACAGUCAGAAAGAGCGGACCGCUCUGAAAUUUUAAAAUGUUGACGAUACAAACAUAACAAAACACAGCGAUAUCGUUAUAUUACCAAAUGUUGUCAAUAACUGAUAACUAUCGACUGAUAUUAAAAGCUUUUUUGUAUAAACACCACAAAAAAAGCUGCUUCUUUAACUGAAUCCUGCCUACGCCACCUUUAAAGUUUAGUUGUCGGGGUCUUCAAAAGGUCUUAAAAAAAAGCACCAUAACCCUGAAAAACUGGAAAAUAAAAAAACUAAAAGGUUUUUCUCACAUCUGUUUGUACUGUUUGCUCUGCAGGGCCAGAGAGCCGAGGCUGCGAGCCUCUCUGGGCGCCACCCGCGGACGACGGCUCUCAAACAUGUGACAUGACGGCCUUUAAACAUUUGACGGAUGAGGCUUCCUAUCAUUGGAGCACAGGGUAUGACAUCGCAAAAGGGGGGCCGGCCGGCAGACUUGAAUCUCUGCGUGUCGAGGUGAUGAUGUCAUGCCUUGGAGGAGCGACUCAGAGCUGCUCUGAAAGUUCGGCUGCACACACUCAGCGGGAGCGGCGGUCACCAAGUGAUGACAUCACAGCUGACAGAUCAAGGGGGGAGGGGGGGAGUCGGCCACGCGGGGUCAAGAGGGAAUGAAACUUUUCGAAGCUAAAGCUGCAAACUCAACAGACUGCUGGAGACUCAGCGUGAACUCUGCAAACAUGAGGACAAUUCGAGAAACUGUGGAGAAAGAAAAGCUGCUGUCAGACUGAGUCACUCAGCGCCACCUCACAUGGCAUGCCUUAUCCCAAGAGAAAACAUGCUCAGCGUGGUUGCCAAAUCUAGUCUCGACCAUAGAUCGUCUGUAAGAAGUGGACGCAGCAACGCUGACACCAACUGUUGGUUUGUUUACUACAGAAUUCAAGCAUCUUUCUGCACCGCGUUUGCUUUUCAGAGCCAGAAGUGACCAUAUUUGGAUGAGAGGGUGAGGAGCGAGAGGAACUAGCCAGCACAAACAGACUUUGAACAAAAUAUACCAACAACAAAUACUCCUCUGUGAGUCUUUCAGGACAAGGACAAUCUAAUGUAGCCAUGCAGCAAAGUCAACCCGAAUUUAUCAUCAGAUUGACUCCAAACUGACGAGAACAUGACUAAAAUUUACUAAAUUAACACCAAAAUGAGGUAAACUAGUCUCUCAGAGCACAAACAAGUUGACUUGGGUGAUAAAUCAUGCAAGAAAUUCCAUACAAUUUGACUAAUUCUGUAAACCAAUGGAGUCGCCCCCUGCUGGCCAAUAAAAAAAAAACAGCCUGAUUGGCCGCACUUUGGAGACAAAGAUGCUACGUCCACUUUUUACUCCGUCUAUGACUCAAGAACGUCUAAUGUAUGUAAAUAGAAUUUAUGCAAAAAGUGUAUGUGUGUGUAGUUGCAUCUUUACACCUCCAUACGUGUGGCUUUGCAUCCUAACGCUAGGGUUCAACCGAUAUGAGUCUGAUGUUGAUAUUCCACCUAUUUUGUAUUCAAAGUAUUGAAGAAAACGUUUAAAUUUGACUCUGGACGGCUGCACAGGAGUCUCCAACAUAUUUAAUAUUUAUGAGUCAGUAUUGGUGCGUCAGUGAGUAUCGGUCUAACCCGAGCAGUUUUCCUCUCCUCCUUUGAAGUGCAGGGUUUUUUAGUGUCAGGUCAGCUGUCCGAUCACAAUCACACUGAGGAUUUUCAACAACACACAUGAACACAUGAACACACACGAUUCUGCUUCCAGAGAAGACAAAACUUCCCUCAUACAGCCGAAACUUCACUGAGUUGUUGAUUCUCACGACUUUCUAACUGAAAGUGACUAAAUAGUUGCAAAAAAAAGUGAAUUCAAUGUUUUUUAAAAAAUAAUUAGAGCUUUUUCUUCAUUUCUAGGGCUAGAAUGAUGAAUAUACAGACUUUUGGAAGUGCUCAAGCUGUCCACAGAGACUCAGGCUCAAGCAUCAAAUUUAAAAAACAAAGUAGAUUCUCUCAAGUGCUUUUGUUUACCACUAACAGGCUCAUAUUGUGCCUGACAAUGUUACAAAAACAUCCCUACAGAGACAGGAAUAAAAAGAAACAGCUGCUUCAUAACUCCUCAAAGCCACCAGACUCCAUCGGGAAAAAGUGGGAUUUUGCUCGACAUAACGUAGGAGAAGCCGCUGUACAGUUUUUUUGAUCCGUUCGUUUGUUUUUGUUCUUGUUUGACAUAGAUAAUAAAAACUGGGAGUGAUAAUCUAACAUAACUGUCUGCUAUGAAAAACUAAAUGAAAUCUGAGGGAUUAAGACGUGAAAAGAUGAGCUGUUUUCUGCUGUUUUCUGCGAGGUGAAAUUGCUGUUUUUCUCAGUAGGGUUUGGUCCCUUUUAUGAAAGCCAUGUAGCAGCUGUUUCUAGUUUGAAAGUAACCAGAAAUCUCUCUCUCAUUAGACAUCUUUUUGGAGAUGUUUUCAGACACUUACAGUAACAUCAGUGGAGAAAAAAAACUAAAAGGAGAUGUUAGUUUUUUUACCUCGGCUGAUUUUGUCCAGAAUCCACCUCAGUGUGUUUCGUCCGUGUAAAGGAAGUGUCAUGUUUAAGGAAAAGAAAGCAAUCCUCUCAACAACCACGACAACCUCACAACAUAAACAGGAACUAUCAGCGUUCAGAUGUGUCUUUAUAAAUGUAAAUAAUCCUACGUGUUCAAAGAAUGUAACGGUAUACAUACAGUAUAUUAACUUUGGCGGUUUAUUUUCCCAGACAGGUCUUUAAAGAAGAGUGUCUUUGUUUAUGGUGUUACAAAAAGAGGUUUACGAGAUAGAGAUACUAACAGUAUCCAGUUUUUUACACUCUGUCAUUCAGAUUUCCUCAAAUUGUCUGUGUUUGACCUCAAAAAGUAACAUUUUACUGCCCUGGGAAAUAAUCGAGAUCAGUAGAGUCUCCCCUUGCUGGCCAUUAAAAAGAAUGAUGGUCACAUAUUAUCUUCUGAUACAUGUACGAUCUUUUGCUGCAACCUAAACCAGACCAUCAAAGUCCAUUUGCUCGAACUCAGUGGCCCACUGUCCUGCAUGUUUUGGAUGUUUUCCUGCUCCAACACACCUGAUUCAAAUGAUCAGCUCGUUAUCAAGCUCUGUUAACGAGCUGAUCAUCUGAAUCAGGUGUGUUGGAGCAGGGAAUCAUCCAAAACAUGCAGGACAGUGGGCCUCGAGGACUGGACUUGAGAACCACUGGUCUAACUCUUGAUAAUCAUCUACGUCUUCACUGCUGUGGUCGAGUCAAAAAGCAUCUUUUGUAAAGAGCUCAGAUCUUGUGUCAGGGAAACAAAAAUCAAUUAAAUAGACACAACACAUGCAUUUUUAGAGGGUAUAGUCACUGUAUGCUAAAAUUGAACAGCUGUGACUGUAAACUCUGUUCUCUCUAAUUUUAUCUCAACCUUGCAGCAGGUAUCCUGAUUUUGAAGCAGAUUUGUUCUAAGUUUGUCUUCGGUUUACAAAUUGGUGCUGGAUUUGGUCACAUGACCUGCUUUCGACAAUUACCCCCUCGUGCACUUGUGUAGAAAAACAAUUUGCAGUGAAGUGAAAUGAAACUAACCCUCGCUCAGCCCUCCUCCUUCCUGUCUGUCCGUCCUCAACAUUGUAUAGCACAUAUUGUAUAGAAUACAGGGAAAUGAACCAUCCUGCUUCUUCUUUAAUAAUAAAAUGUUUUUUGUAUUA